UCCUCCACCUCCUCUACCAGGGGGUGCAAUGCCCCCACCACCCCCUCCCUUACCUGGGAUGAUAGGGAUGGGCCCUCCCCCACCCCCUCCACCAUUACCUGGGAUGGGAGGACCUCCUCCUCCUCCUCCUCCUGGCUGUGGCCCUCCUCCACCAUGUGCCCUGGGCUCCCUGGUCCCUCCGUUGCCCAUGGGACUGUAUGCUCUAGGCAUGGCCCAGGAGAAACCUCCCCGGAAAGGAGUGGUGGAGCCCCCCAGACCCAUGAAACCUCUCUACUGGACCAGGAUACAGCUCAACUCAGCUCAACACAAAAAAGAGGUGAGCACGUCGCUGGUCUGGGACAAGAUACAGGAGCCUGAUGUGAACUUUGAGGAGUUCGUAGAGCUGUUCUCCAAGACUGCUGUGAAGGAGAAGAAGAAACCCCUGUCAGAUACCAUCACCAAGUCUAAAGCCAAACAGUUGAACUGUCUGGGUUCUGGGGGUUUCUACUGA